AUGACGAGUGUUCCAAGACCGCUUUGUCGUUGUAGCAGGGAUUUGGACAGGCUUGACGUCUUAGAUGUCUGUGCGCUUCUGCUGGAGACCUUCGGCUUCAUCGCCAACUUCACAGUCACUCUUAUCCUCUUCCUGCUUCGCGCCAAGAAGAUCGAGUCCCUGGCCCUCCUGCGCGUUCUCUCCCUCAGCUGCCUGGCUGCCACAUUCGUCGACUUUCUCUCUGACGUCGCUGCCCGAAGCAGUAACACCGGCAACGCCUUCUUUGACGGCCUAGUCUGUGUGCUCUGGAGUAGUCGUUUCAUCUUCUGGUACAGCAAGGCUCAUGUCUACCACAGUCUCUUCUUCUUCGCCUGCAACAGGGCCAUCGAGAUGCUGCACAUCAAGAAUUAUCCCAUGACUACGCAGAAACAGCGUCUCACUGCCUACAUGCUACUGGUGUUCAUCUGCAGUUUCCUCAGUACGGCACCCCAGCUGCUGUUAGCGCAGCCGCAUGUGAAAAACUGCGCCUGUGCUCCGCCCACGCGUAACCUUGUCAUUCUAACAAUGAUUUAUGCCCACACCUUCCUCUGGGUGACAAUCCUCGCGGUCAUCUAUCCCGCCAUUCUCGUCUACAUCUGCAUUGCUCUGGUUUUGCGAGCUCGCAGAUCAGAGGGGGACGCACUGGUGGACGAACUUGACCAACUCUACUUUCCGAAUUCCCUCACAUCCUCACCAUCCUCCAGCACCACCGCCACAUCUGCCAGCUCCCCCUUGACUCACACCAUCCCUUGUGACGGUGAGAGAAAUAGUGCCGCCACUCGCUAUGCAACUGAUGAUGACUCUGAACCUCGACUCUGGUCAGCCUCAUUUUGUCUCAUACCCCUGAGUGUUACCUACAUAGUGACCUUCAGCUACGAUGCGACCUACCAGUUCCUCAGUGCGACUGGUACAAUUACCUACAUGCUGCGGAGUCCACGUCAACAGUUUGGUGAGAUCCUGUUGAUCCUGUUCACCGCGCUGGUGCCCUUGAUAAUCUUUUUCCACAUUCCCGCAAUGCGAUCGCUGAUCUUCGUCGCGAUUGCCGCUCUGCAAAAGUGCUGCUGCAAGUUCAAGCUGACGGAUGCCGGUGAUCAGUCUGGUUUAGGCUUGAAUUCGCGAACGUGGCAGACGGCGAUCCCUUGA